GCACAGGCAUCGAAGCCUUUAUCCACAUGCUGGAGAGCCAGGAUCUCACCGUGGAAAUAACAAACAAGGAAAAUAUCACAGAAGAGCUAAAACACAACGGGGCUAUAGUAGUGUCUCGCAAAGGUCAGAGCUACAGGUUUACUGUGUUAUGCCAUGUGGAGGCCGUCAACUGCUUCCCGGUGCUUGUGAAUGUCAUUAGCAAUGCCCUGCUGAGAGCCCUCAACUCCACCGUGCACAUUCGGAUCUGGAGUCAUCCGUUUUUCUCCGUAGAUGAUCCACGAUCCUGGGAUUAUUUGGGGCUUUUUUACCUUGUUUAUAUGCUGUUUUUAUUCCCUGGUUUUCCACCUCACUUUGCAAUGGGCUACAUGCAGGAUUACAAGGUGGGGGCUCGUGCCCAGCUGCGGACCUCGGGGGUCUUUCCCUCGGACUGGUGCGGCCAAGCGCUGGUGGACAUCCCGCUGUGCUGGCUCCUUCUCUUCUCAAUGCUUGGGCUUCAGUUCACCAUGAGCAACAGUAUUUCUCGGAGCAUCAACAGCCUCUUCUUGUUGAUCACUUGUAGUUUUGGCUAUGGAAUUUCUAUCGUUCUCUUUGUCUAUUCGAUCUCCUUUGUCUUUCGAAAAGGAUGGAACCGUGAUUUUUGGUCUCUUAUCCUGAUAGUGGUAUGCUUGGUUUCUUACAUCAUCAGCAGAGUCAUGGAUUUCUUAAUCGAUAUUAGAGUGUCCCUCUACGUUCUGUCCCUCUUGAUCCCCGUGUACCCACUGCUGGGUGUGAUGAUCAGCCACCAGCAGAUUUUUAUAGAAGACACUGACAUAUUUGCUGUGUUUCCAGGAAAGGAUGUACUGAUCGCUGCCUUUGCACCUUAUAUCCACUCUGUGGGUUUCAUUUUUCUUCUUCGAUAUUUGGAGGUAAAAUAUGGAGGAGCAGUUCUGAGAAAGGACCCAAUAUUUAGGAUUUCCCCAAGAAGAGAAAGCAACCACCAGCACCCCGAGGAGCUCGAAGAGGAAGAUGAAGAUGUUAAAGCUGAAAGAGCAGCAGUGGGAAAUGCCAUAGCGGCUCCGAGUCGGGAGGAGAAAUCGGUCAUUAUUGUCAGCAAUCUGUGCAAGGAAUACAAAAUAAAGCAAGCUGGUUCAGUUUUUAAGAAGAAGAAGAAAAUGGCCACCAAAAAUGUUUCCUUCUGUGUUAAAAAAGGAGAAGUAUUAGGACUUCUGGGGCCCAACGGAGCUGGUAAAAGCACAGCUAUCAAAAUGAUUACUGGAGAGACAACUCUGACUGCUGGCCAGGUGCUGAUGAAGAGGGGAGAUGGAUCCAGCUCCCACCUCCAGGACCACACGCCAGCCUUCCUGGGGUACUGCCCGCAGGAGGACCCGCUCUGGCCGGACCUCACCGUGCACCAGCACCUGCGGGUGUAUGCAGCCGUGAAAGGGGUGUGCAAGGAGGAUACAGCUGCUGCUGUCAACCGAAUAGUGAAUGCUCUGCACCUUCAAGACUAUUUAAAAAAAAAGGCCAGAAAAUUAUCUGCUGGGAUAACCAGAAAGCUGUCCUUCGCAGCGUGCAUGCUGGGAAACCCCGCCGUCCUGCUCCUGGAUGAGCCGUCAACCGGCAUGGAUCCCAACGGGCAGCGCUCUGUCUGGAAAAUGAUUCGUGCUGCCCUGAAAGCCGAGGAGACAGGAGCCAUCCUGACGACGCACUACAUGGAGGAGGCGGAGGCGGUGUGCGACCGCGUGGCCAUCAUGGUGUCCGGGCAGCUACGGUGCAUUGGCUCCAUUCAGCAUCUGAAGAACAAGUUUGGCAAAGGCUACCUAUUGGAAAUUAAGGUCAAGGACCCAGAGUGCUCUGAUCUUCUCCAUGCUGAGAUUUUGAGGAUUUUCCCAAGUGCAGCCCGUCAGGAGCGGUUCCCCUCUUUGCUAGUCUACAAGGUCCCAAUGGAAGAUGCACUGCCCUUGUCUCAGUCUUUCUCCAAGCUAGAGGAAGCCAAAAGAAACUUCAGCCUCGAGGACUACAGCUUCUCUUUGAAUACUUUGGCUCAGGUGUUUUUGGAACUCUCCCAAGAGCAGGAAAAGGAUAAUUUUGACCUGGCUUUGGAUGUUUUUUUAGCAGGAGGACUGUUAAAGAUCCAAGAUGCUCAUUUAUGCAUUACUCAGUACUAA